AUGCACAUCGCCCUGCUCCAUUUCCUGCUGGUCCCCACACUCGCGAUCGCAGCCCUAAACGCCACGCCGAUCCCCCGCGUCUUCCUCUUCGCCCUGGUAGCCCACCAGGCAUGGCUCACGACGCAGACCAUCGAGGCCGCCAGGCUCGGCACGGCCGCCGGCUUCCCAUCGCUGGACACGCACGUCGCCGACAUUGCCAUCAAGGUUGCCAUCCUCGUCACUCUUCACAUGGGCGUCGUCCUCUUCCUCGAGCGCAUUGUCCUGCCUAAGCGCGACACGUGGGCCGGUCAGGUCAAGGAGGGCUACAAGAUGGUCUUCAACGGCAGGCGCAUCGGCACCACCCGCCUAGCGCCCCAGGUUCCCAUCCUUGAAAGCGAAGCCAUGACCCUCGUGACGCGAAAAGAUGACGAGGUCUUGCUCCAGCGCCAGCAGCGGCCGCAGGGAGGCAGCUUUCACGACCGCGUGGGGCACCGUCCGCCGCGAACCCCGGCUCCGCUUCGUCCUUCGUCGCCUUUCCCUCGCGCUCCUCCUCGCGCUCCUCGAGAAGUCUUCUUCCGCCGUCUUCUCCUUCCCGGCCGUGGUCCGAUGCCUGACGCCCACGAGGUAGCUGUGAGACUGUGGAUGACGUUCGAGACGACGUGGGCGGCCUACUCCUUUUACACAACGUGGCACUCCCUUGCUUCGGCAGCAGCGGUCGCCGCGGGCCUCGACCGCCCGCACGAGUGGCCGCCGCUGUUCGGGGACAUCAGGCAGGCGUACUCGCUGCGGCGCUACUGGGUCAAAUUCUUCGAUCGCCUGAUCUACCGAACCAUGUCGGGGUACGCAAAGUUCGCGGGCCGCUGGGUCGGGCUUUGCGACGCCGCGGGGAAGGCCAAGACGACCUGGAGCCGGUGGGCGUUGAACGGGAUGGUGUUCAUGCUGAGCGGCGUAUUUCACGCCUGGGCGGCCAAGUGGCAGGGCUACAGAUGCGGGUUCUGGGAGGAGAUAUGGUGGUGGUCUGCGAAUUUUGUGGUCGUCUUGGGGGAGACGGUUGUUUUGGACGGUCUGCGGAGAAUCGUCCCGCGAUGGUACCAUCAGAUGGCCGAGGGGAGGACAGCCAGGAUUGCCGGAGGGUUCUGGCUCCGGAAAAAUCGGCUCAAGAUCGCAACGGGGUAG